UCGGCGGUGCAAAGCAGCGCCUCGCUGCCCUGCCACGCCGCUGCAUGGACAGACAACACAAUGGCAGAGGAUUUGGGGGUGCAUCUGUUUUUAGCAACAACAGAUAGCAUGGAUAAUCCAGCCUCAACCGAUUCAGCUCUCGUCGUUACGAUGAUUAGAGCGCCGCUGUCGGCUCGCCGGGCAUGAUAGGCAGGAGAGAGAGCCGUGCGGGAGCGGGGCUUCUCGUUUUGACAGUACUUUUUGAGAGGGAAACGCAAAGAAGCGUGGAACAGGUGGACUGUGGCUUGGGGUCCUUCAAAAUGGAUAUAGAUCCCUGUUUGCGGUACUAUUUCCAGCACCCCUGGUCUCGUCUGUUUGUGGCCUACCUCGUCACUUUCUGCAACUUCCUUAUCUUUGCUGAGGACCCUGUCUCCCACAGCCAGACAGAGGCUCACAUGAUCGUGGUGGGAAACUGCUUCUCCUUCAUAGUGAACAAGUACCCUGGUGGAGGAUGGAGCAUCCUCAAAGUCAUCUCGUGGCUGAUGGCCAUUGUCACCGGAAUGUUUGCCGGGAAGUUCAUAUUCCACCGCAAGCUCUUUGGUCGAUAUCUGCGUCUGAAAAUGUUCCGUGAGGAUCACGGCUCCUGGAUGACCAUGUUCUUCAGCACCAUCCUCUUCCUCUUCAUCUUCUCACACAUCUACAAUGUGAUCCUUCUAAUGGCAGGAAGCAUGGGGCCUCACAUGGUGACAGAGUACAUGGGUAUCAGGAACGAGAGCUUCAUGAAGAUUGCAGCAGUAGGGACGUGGAUGGGGGACUUUGCGACUGCAUGGAUGGUCACUGACAUGAUGCUCCAGGACCAGCACUACCCAGACUGGGGCAAAGCUGCCAGAAGGUUCUGGAAACAAGGCAACCACAGGAUCGUCCUCUUCUGGACGGUCCUGAUCAUUCUGACAUCGGUGGUUUUGUUGGUCAUCAGCACUGACUGGAUCAGCUGGGACAACCUGAACCGGGGAUUUCUGCCCAGCGACGAGGUCUCCAGGGCCUUCCUGGUAUCCUUCAUCCUGGUCUUUGACCUGCUCAUUGUCAUGCAGGAUUGGGAUUUUCCUCAGUUCAUGGGCGACCUGGAUAUGAACCUGCCUGGCAUGUCCACCACUCAGCUCAAGUUCAAACUUCCUGUCUGCAAGAGCAUCUUCAAAGAGGAAUACCACAUCCAUAUCACAGGUAAGUGGUUCAACUACGGCAUCAUCUUCCUGGUGUUAAUCCUGGACCUGAACAUGUGGAAGAACCAGAUCUUCUACAAGCCCUACGAGUACGGCCAGUACGUUGGUCCAGGGGAGAAGAUCUUCACUGUGGAGGAGCCCAACACACUGGGCGACUUCAACCGCAGCACGCUCACCUACAAGUGGCGCUCCAGCCACGUGGACCCGCUGACCAACCGCUCGUAUGUCCAUCGGGACAUGUUCCUGCAUAGCCGCUAUGUGGGUGCCAGCCUGGAAGUCAAGUGCCUGGCCUUCAUCCCCAGCCUGGCUGCCUUUGUCCUCUUCGGCUUCUUCAUCUGGCUGCUGGGACGUUUUCAGGACAGCGAGACCUUCCCGGAGGGCCAGGUGGACAAGACAUAUGAGAGGAUCAAGAGGAAGUCUCCAUCUGAGUAUAGUAAGGACAUGGGACUCACGCCAGAGGAGGUGCACAUCUCUAUGAGCGAGGCGCUCAAACGUUCCGGAACCCCCAUGCUGCUAUCAGUGGACGGGCAUCAUUUUGCUCUGCACUCUGCCACCUCCACCAACUCCACUUCGCCUGUUUCCAUGGAGACCCAGGAGACGCAUCCCAGCAUUGUCAUCGAAGGCACGGAGCCAAGAGAGCCGGCAGUUUCCUUUGAUGUUGGCAAACUGUCACCGCCCUGACCUUACUGCCCUGAGGGGAAGUACUGUUAUGCUUCUACUGACAGACACACAGCCUGGAGGGAGGAGAGGAGACACAGGAGAGAGACCAAACUGAAACUCAAUUUCAGUCUAGAUCUUUUUCAGUCUGGGUAGAUUUUGACCCCAACACUGAUUAUUCCUGGAGCAGGAGGAUGUAGCUACAAUGGCCACUUUGUUUUGCUACUGUGAUUAUUUUAUUAUUAUUAUUUAUUUGAAUUGUAAAACCUCUAAGCUGACACCAACUCAAUGAAAAACAGCUUAUUUUAACCUCCCUCACUGUAAAGUUCUAUUGUCAACAUGGUGCUCUCGCUAGAUUUGACGUUUUUACAAUAUCAAGAUGUUUUCUCUUUUAUCGUGACAUAUUUUGGUGCCUAUGUGGGGAACUAUUUCUACAGUCGAUGUUUGACACAAUGGUCAUGGCUAGUUUAUAUUGUACAACUUGAGUAUUACAGUUGAAGAGGUGCCUUGAUAAACCCACGCCCACUAAAGGACAGCAACAUAGUCUAUACCAUAGGCAGCAAAACAGAAGACGUCUGUAACGCUUUUCUUUUGGUGAAGGAGAGGCGGACCAAAACACAGCGUGGUUCUUAUUCAUGGUACUUUAAUACAGAGACGAAACAUGAAUAGACUAACAAAACAAUAAAUGUGGAAAAACCAAACCAGCCCUAUCUAGUGCAAACACAGAGACAGGAACAAUCACCCACAAAACCCAACACCAAACAGGCUACCUAAAUAUGGUUCCCAAUCAGAGACAAUGACUAACACCUGCCUCUGAUUGAGAACGAUAUCAGGCCAGACAUAGAAAUAGACAAACAAGACAUCCAACAUAGAAUGCCCACUCAGAUCACACCCUGACCAAACAAAACAUAGAAACAUACAAAGCAAACUAUGGUCAGGGUGUGACAGCGUCUGAUAAUGUGUGUCUGUCUUGUUUAUUUCAAUGUUCCACUUCACAAUGUUGGACAAUGUUUACCCUUUCAGACUUUAUCACAGGUUUUUGAAUUCAUUUGCUAUCUUGAUAAUUCUUACAUAUCCCAUCUUCACGUGCCUCUUCUCUUGUAGUCAUAGAAAUGACUAGAUUGCUAAACAUCGUUACGAUGAUGAUAAUACUAUGACCACCUCUUCAUUUUUUGGUUGUAUUAUCAAAUGCAAGAUAAAAGGCAUAAGCUAUUUUCAAAUAACAUUAAAAAGUCACCUCAUGAUCGCUUAUCUGGUCAAAAUACUCAGAUAUAAUGCCAAUUAGGUCAGAAAGGUGAUUUGCCCUUGGCAGGGUAAAUGUGCUUUUGUUAUAGAAGGAGAGAGAAGAACACCAAAUCUAACUGAUGCACCUUACCCAUAUCAUAUCCCCCAGCAGUAUAUGUACCACAAGUACGUCCUUGGUUCGAAGCCAAUAUUGGGGUACGGAUUGGUUUGAGAGAACACAUAGAGAAUGUGACCUCUUACAGCUGACAAGCAAAAGAGAGUGGGAGUUUUUAGUAUUUAUGAGAGUUAUGAGUGUUAUUAUAUCACAUACGUUAAGUGUGCAACUGCUGUAUACCAAUGCUCUGUUAUUGAAGUGUUUUCUAACAGUGUUGUGCGUUUGAGUUUGUGCGUGCGUGCGUGCGUAUGUAUCAGAGACAGCAAGAGCUGACAAUUCUGUGAAGAGGUCAAUGUAGUUCAUGUAAGUGGCGUAUGGUCCUUGGUUCAGUGAUCCCCCUUCUACACUUUACAGGUCAGAGUCCUCAUUACAGCUCAACUUAUUUCAUUUUGGAGAUACGGCUUCGCAACAAGGCAACAAAUUGCUAAAUGUAUGGGGCAAUGGCUAAAUGAGUGUGUUUAUCUCACUAGAAGUGAUCUAGUGAUAUGUUUGUAAAAUAUUCUGCUUUGGUUGGAACUGAAUGUUCACCCUGCUGUUAUACAUGGUAUUGUGUUGCAUAACUGACAGCUAUUUUGCAUUCUUGUGUGUGUGUGGUUUUUAAACAAAGGAUAUCUCUUUUUAACAUGUUGACGCAAUAAAUGUCUGCCGAGUAAUGGUAUCAAUAAAAUGAAUACAUUUUGCUACAUA